AUACACCAGUAUCAUCCUCACCAUCACCGCUGGCAAGCUAUACCACGACAAGCCGCAAACCUACCCCGCGAAACCGUGGCAAGUUUGAAGAGAGUUGUACGCGCUGCAACAAAAAAGUUACAGUGGCGAGCAUCGCUUAGAUCUGUCACAAUAAUAGCACUCACUCAAGCUUCUUACGUAGACGAAUAAAACUAGAUCGAUCACUUAUCCUUACGCAAACCUUCCAUCAGGCGUACAGGAGCCAGCAAGUCAAAGGAUGCGCCAAAGGCUGAAAUCGGUUUCAUCGAGGUGAGUGAUGAGGACGCAGCAUCAAGUUCUCAGGCUGUGAUGCCCGAUCAAAGAAAAAGAAGUUUCGAGGAUGACGAACAUAUGAAUGUGGAGGAAGGCAGGGCGUCUGUCAAGAAGGCAAGGACUGCUGAAGAGGAUACAAUGCGGACAGAUAACGAUGUUGCAAUAGUCAUCGAUGUUGAUGAACUUGCUACAGGCACGUUUGUUUCUGAUGCAAAGUCCUCCGAUGAUUUAAAGGCCAUAAAACUAGAAGAAGUAAAAGGGAAGGUCAGGGCUGGUAGCCCGUCCACAGAAAACGAAGAAACUAUACAGUGCAAACAACGCAAGGAACUUGAAUCAGAACUCGAGAUUCUUGAGGAUAAACACACGAAAUUACAAGAAUCGCUCGCAAAGUCAGAAAAAUUAGUCGCACGCCUAGUAGAGAAAAAAAAAUUUCUUAGUGAAGCAGUAGCUUUGUCUCGGAAAACGUGCGCUAUAUCUCAAACGAAGCGUAAUUCACUGGAGGAAGAAGUCAGCCGACUUAAACAGGAUGCAGAUAACCUAACUUCGGAACUGGACCAAAGCAAACAGCAGAAUGCACACCUUUGCGAGGAGAUCCUAAAGCUUCGAGAAGAGCUACGACAAGCUACUUUGCAGACCUCCUCUUCAGAUUCAGGGCAGAAAACUGGUCGAGGAGGAGAACGAUCCCCGGUGAUGUUCGCAGAGCACACCGAGCCCAAAAAGCUACACAGAAGUACCCAGCCCCAACAUUUAGCAUCUCCCACUGACACCGUCACCGAUGUACAAGAUCAGACAUUGAAUAUUCGAGCCACGAACACCGAGACGCUUGAAGUUACAUAUCCAGCGGCACGCAUCGUUAGUGACCUAUGGUCCUACACCCCACCCACUAGUGGUAGUGAAGUCAUAACUAGCAUUGAAUUAGCUAUGUCGGGUCUGAAUUUCUUGAAAAAGAGGGUCUUUGAAUACGAAAACACAAUUUCUAAACUGACCAGCGAUCUUGAAGCACUUAAUGCCAUGAAAACCGAACAAGACACUCAGUCGAAGCAAUUAUCUAUAGAGCGAGAUAAGGCUGUCGAGGAGGCAGCCUCUUCUCAUCAACAAUACGCUGCCCUACGACAGACAUUGAUCAACCUAGGCAAUGGCUAAACCGUUAAAACAAGUCAACUUGUUGUUCUGUACUCGCUGCCACAGAUUUUCGACCAAUAACGUCUAGCUGUAAAGUACAUCCGAGCCUCGUCACACAAACACUAUCAAUGAUUCUAUCCGAAUGUCCCCAAUCCCAUCAACAUUCAUGGCCAAUUACUCGCUACCAAUAUAUAUAGGUAAAUUCGACAAGCAUUGCAGGCUUACACGUGGAGCGAAGGCUCGACUUGCUGUUGCGGCAAUGGACCCUGUCUCGAGUGACUGUCAUGCAUGUGGUGGCAAAUGCUUUAAAUGCGAGGAGUUCGUUUAUGGUUGCCUCCUCAUGAUUAGUCUCCCCUAGACAUACCAUUUAGGAGGAAGACAGACGUUCCUC